GAAAGGAUCACCAUUGAGCUCACCGAGGAGAAGCGGGCCAUUGUUGCGUCUUUCCAGGCGCGCAUUGAGCAGCUGGAGCAGUUGGUUGAAGCGAUGCGCUUUACUGACCGCGAUGAGCUGGUCAACACCAUCGACGUCUGGAAACGCGCCUACGAGAGGAUCUGCAUUGCCCGGGAUGAGAUGGAGGAAGACUUCCAAUCUCAGCUGGUGAUGAAGGACAAGCAGCUGAG